UGAAUCGACACGCCCAGCUUGCUCGGCAGGUAGAGCCGGUUACUACAACUUUUGGCGUCGCUGAUCUCGGGAAGACGUUCUUCCAGGGAUGAACAAGUGACCACCGGCAGGUUUUUACCACAGCAGACGGCCCCAAUCAAAAUCUACCAUCGAUCGAGUGAGAACAACAACAACAGAAAAAAAACAAAAAAACGAUGAAGCUGGUGAUUUUUUUUGUCGCCGUCAGCGUGGCGGUUAUGGUCGCGAUGAUUUUUCAGACUCUGCGUCAGGAGCUGAGUCUGCGUAGCCUGAGGGCCCGCAUGGUGGAGAGCUCUGCGGAGGUGAAGAGGAGGGAAGACUCCAUCAUGGACAUGAAAAGUAAAAUCCAGGAGCUCAAAUCCACAGUGGACAACGCCAACCUGAAGCUGGAGGACCUGAAGAAGGAGAAGACGGAGAAGGAGAAGGCGCUGAAGGAGGCUGAGAAAAGUCUGGAGACCUGCAACGCGGCGAAGGGAAAUGCUGAAAAGACGAAGACUGAUUUGGAGGAAUCCAUAAAUAAACUCAAAACUGAUCAUGAAGCAGCUAAGAAUAAGGCUCAAGAGGAGAUUGGGAAUUUGAAACAACAGAUCUUGGACAGAGAAAAAGCAAUUUGUGUCCAUGCAGAUAUGACUAAGGAAGAAGCACGGAAACUGUGUGGAGAGUCCGCUCCACCACAAUAAAAUCAAAUCCGAGUAAACUUGGUUGAACUUUUCCAAACAGGGUCAAACCCGAGAAGGACCAUCUAUAAGUUCUGUUGGCAUCUUUUUGGUUUGUUUGUUUGUUUGUUUGUUUGUUUGUCUUCUUAUUUUUAUAUAUUUUGUUGUCAUGCACAUUUAGCUGACUUAUGGGAAAAGGGAAAUAGUUUUUCACAUUUUUAUUUAAAUUAUGUUCUGUUUUUGAAGUGAUUUUUUUGGUUGAAUAUUGUUUUGGCUUAUUGAAUCUUUAAAAUACUUUAAAACGUAUUGUGUAUUGUGGAAUUCAUUAUUUACACUCCUAGACCCAAAUAAGUUUUGUUAUUAUCUGACACAUCACUGUACCCACAACAGUAAAAUAGUUAAAUAAUGUGACAAGCCUUCAGCUGAGAGGUUUAGUCCUUUGACUCCCUCUACUGGAGAAUUGAAGGUUUUUUUUCAUAGUGUCAAUGGCAAAACCUUUUAUAAUACUUUGGUUGUGCUUAGUAAAUAUUCAUUGUAGAAAAAUGUUUUUAAAAUCAGAAAAACAAUCUGAUACUUGAGGGGUUUAAAGCAAUGAAAACUUUGCACCAUUUAUUUUCUGGUUAUGAGUUGGUUAUUAAAGCUGGCUAUUUUCAAAAUUGUCUGCUAAAA